AUGUGGAUGAAACAGACCCAGAAAUCAGUGUUACAAGUUUUAAGUCUCAUCCUUGUUGCUCCUGCUCCAGCAAAGCUCCUCAUUGUUCUAUCUCAUCAUAGUUUUGCAUGUGAAGUUCUCCAUCUCUCCAGCAAAACCUUCCCUGCUCCAAAGGUCCCAAGUAAUGAGAUGGCCAGGAAACUGCUGAGGUUUGAAAUGGAAGUUUAUGGUGACAUGGUGCCCAAGACGAUUGCUGGGAAGAUCUUUGGCUCUAUUUGCUCACUGAGUGGGGUGUUGGUCAUUGCUCUGCCCGUUCCAGUCAUCGUUUCCAACUUCAGCCGAAUCUACCACCAGAACCAGCGAGCUGACAAGAGGAGAGCACAGAAGAAAGCCAGGCUCGCCAGGAUCCGAGUGGCCAAGACUGGCAGCUCCAACGCUUACCUGCACAGCAAGCGCAACGGCCUCCUGAACGAAGCCCUGGAGCUGACGGGAUCCACCGAGGAUGAACAGCACAUGACUAAAGGCACCUCCUUAAUUGAAAGCCAACACCACCAUCUGCUGCACUGCCUGGAAAAAACAACCGGAUUGUCCUAUCUUGUGGAUGAUCCCCUGUUAUCUGUACGAACUUCCACCAUCAAGAACCAUGAGUUCAUAGAUGAGCAGCUGUUCGAGCAGAACUGCAUGGAGAGCUCGAUGCAGAACUACCCUUCGUCUCGGAGCCCUUCCUUGUCCAGCCACCACGGACUGACCACCACCUGCUGCUCGCGCCGCAACAAGAAGACCACUCACCUCCCCAACUCCAGCGUGCCAGCUACUCGCCUCCGGAGCAUGCAGGAGCUCAGCACCAUCCACAUCCAGUGCAGUGAGCAGCCCUCCCUUACCACAAGUCGUUCCAGCCUCAACAUGAAAUCAGAUGAUGGGCUGAGACCGAACUGCAAAGCUGCCCAAAUCACCACAGCCAUCAUCAGCAUCCCGACGCCGCCGGCGCUCACGCCCGAGGGCGAGCGACCUCCCCCGGGCAGCCCUGCCCACUCCACGAACAUUUCCACCACCACCACGAGCAACAUAGUCAAGGUCUCUGCCUUGUAA